UUCUAUGUAAACUGCCACCGAUCACUCCGAUCUUCUCACUUCAUCAAUACACAAAACAAACAAAGAAAAGAAAAACUGUACGUCAGAGUCCCGGAGAAAGGUAGAUAGGUAAUUAAGUUGCAGAAGUAAUGGCGAUGAAGAAGAAGAUGGGCGCGAUCAGCCUGAUGGUGAUGCUGGCGCUGAUCCUCGCCGCGGCGGAGCGGCCACACAUGGCUGAGGCGGUGACUUGCAGUCCGGCUGCUCUGAGUCCCUGCAUCGGAGCAAUAACGUCUUCCUCUCCGCCGUCGAGCCAGUGCUGCCAGAAGCUGAAGGAGCAGAAGCCAUGUCUGUGUGGGUACCUCAAGAACCCUAGUCUGAGGCAGUAUGUUAACUCUCCUGGCGCCAAGAAGGUUGCUUCUACUUGUGGAGUUCCCACCCCUUCUUGUUGAAUAUUGAAUGAAAAAUAGUUUAUAGUGAGUAUGAUCAAUAUCGAUCAAUUAAUUAAUUAGUAUAAUAGCAUAUAAGUGUUUAAGGAAUAAUUUCAGAAAAAUAUAUUACCCUCUUGGGGAAUCAUGCUGUCUUCAAGAUUCUACUUGGUUAUAUAGCUUGAUCAAUGAUUAUGCCCAACCGUUAACCUUUUGGUUGAUGGAAUAAUAAUGGUUAUACUGUCUA